CACCUCAGCUAACACCUGCUCUACACGACUACAUCUCCGGACUCACCCAGCACCUUCCAUGAAAUGUUUAUUGCAAGUGGCGAUCUUAAAUUUGUGUACUGUUGCAUACACACGUGACCUCAGCAGCAGCUCUCCCGAGCCCGUCCAUAAAAGGAGGAAGGGAGCUCAAGCGGGAACCAGGAUUCAUCAGCGACGAAAAGCUUUAUCUCUUUCGUGUUUACCAAAACCCACACCAACCCAGCCAACCCAACCCGAGGCGACCAGGCGUACGAGUACGAGCACGAUGGAAGCCGAGGCCUUCCCGAUACGGUUCACGAAGGGCAUACGGUCCUACUGGCACCGGAGCAAGUACCACCGCGUGGGCGGCGGCGGCGCGGCGGGCCGCGGCGGCACGCGCCACAACCUGGUGCGGCUCGGGGACGGCGGCAGCGGCAGGCCGUGGGGCGUGCGGCUCGGCGGCAUGCUCCGGCCUGUGCGCGUCAAGGCCCCGGCCGCGGCCGUGGCGGCAGCGAAGGCCCCGGCGCGCGUGCUCGGGCGGAUCCGGGACGCGUACGUGGACGCCAUGCUCGGCGCGGCGAAGAAGCAGCAGCAGUCGGCAGCAGGGUGCGGCGGGACGCGCGCGCUGCCGAGCGGGCCGGCGCCCGAGGCGCUGUGGCAGAAGCGGGUGCCCGUGCGCCGGUCGCGCAGCCAGGCGCAGGUGCGGCAGAGGCCAGAUGAGCUGGGGCAGAGGCUCGUCCUGGAGAUGUACAAGUCCGUGCGCGCGUCCAGGGACCUCGCGGACAUGCUCCAGGCGUCCGCAACGGUGCGGUAGCGUGCAUCGGCAAGCUGACCGAGAAUCGAGAUAGAGACGACCACUCUACCAGGAAGGAAGAUCAGUUGAUCUCUGUUCAUAAUCAUGGGGCUGGCUCUGUUGUAAAUUUCUUUUUCUUCUCUUUUUGCGACGACUCUGUUGUAAAUUUCUUUUUCUUCUCUUUUUGCGACGACUCUGUUGUAAAUAUCUACUGCGUAGUAGUAUAACUGAAGCAAUCAUAUGACCUUGUCCAGGACUGUUUGAGAUUAC